UUUGAGUGAACAAAACCCUUUUCCCUUUCAAACCCUGGGCGGCUGCGUACUCUUCUCGUUCUCUCUGCCUCUCUCUCCCUCUCCCUCUCCCCACUCAAACCCCUAAAUCAUAUUUUUACCUUAUUUCUCGGAGAUUUAGGGUUUCAACUAUAAGAUCUGAAAAUCAAUUUUAUCCGCUCAUGGCUACAGUUGCUCCCUCUCCUGAGAAAGCUGCAGAAUUGCUGCAGAAUUUGUCCUUGGACUCUCAAACGAACACCUUGGAAAUUCCUGAGCCCACAAAGAAGACUUCUGUUUAUCAAUAUGGCAGUGUCGAGUCGGUUGUUCCUGCAAAUGGUCAGGUUCAGUCAUCUGAGCGAUCAGUGACACCUUUUCUGCCUGAUUUAAUGGAUCCAACUGUGUGCUAUCUUCCCAAUGGCUAUCCCUCUCAUGCCUAUUAUUACGGAAGCUAUAAUGGAACUGGUAAUGAGUGGGACGAUUAUUCUAGAUAUGCAAGUACGGAUGGAGUGGAGAUGGCAACAGGAGUUUAUGGGGAUAAUGGGUCUGUUAUGUAUCAUAAUGGUUAUGGAUAUGCCCCUUAUGGCCCAUAUUCACCUGCAGCUUCCCCAGUUCCAACAUUGGUAAACGAUGGCCAGAUAUAUGGGCCUCAACACUACCAGUAUCCUCCUUAUUUCCAGCCGUUGACACCUAACAGUGGGUCAUUUACUCCUACUCAGGCAGUCUCAUCCCAAGGGGAACUUGCUUCCUCCACUGCCCCUGACCAAAAAACUUUGCCUGCUGAGACCACUAAAGGGAAUUCUGGUGCUAUUGUUAGUGGUGGAGGAAUGAAGGGAAACAAUGGAUCAAUUCCCAUUAAGCCCACAUAUCAAAAUUCAUUGUUGAAUUUGAAUAAUACAAAUGGAAGGGGUAUUCUGCCAGGUGGUAUGCCUGCCACUGGUUAUCAAGAUCCUAGAAUUAGCUUUGAUGGGAAGUACAGAAAUACUGGCAUUAAUUCCUCAUUUUUGAAGGCUAAUAAUAUUCCAUCUUCAAGGAACCAUAAUUUUCGGCAAAAUUCCAAUUAUAUGGGCUUGCAUCAACCUGGUCCAAUGUCUAGUGUGGGAUCAACUCAUGGAUACAUAAAUGGGAUGUACCCAAACAAGUUUUAUGGUCAGUAUGGAAACACUUUUAGAUCUAGUAUGACCUUUGGAUCUACGGGUUAUGAUUCAAGGAUAAAUGCAAAUGGAUGGUUGCCUGUCGACAACAAAUAUAAACCCAGAGGGAGAGGCAAUGAUUACUUUGGCUAUCGAAAUGAGAGUGUUGAUGGUUUGAAUGAGCUAAAUAGGGGACCAAGGGCCAAGGGUUUUAAGAACCAAAAGGGUUUUGCACCUGUGACAUUAGUAGUUAAGGGACAGAAUGUUCCAUCGAUUGAAACUGUUAAUGAGGGAAAGGAUGAAGUGGCUACUACUCCAGAUAAGGAACAGUAUAACAAAGCAGAUUUCCCUGUUGACUAUAGUGAUGCCAAAUUUUUUGUUAUCAAGUCCUAUAGUGAGGAUGAUGUCCAUAAGAGCAUAAAAUAUAAUGUCUGGGCCAGCACUCCAAAUGGGAACAAGAAGCUUGAUGCGGCAUAUCAGGAGGCACAGCAGAAAUCUUGUGGCUGUCCUAUGUUUCUUUUCUUCUCGGUAAAUACUAGUGGGCAAUUUGUUGGCCUUGCGGAGAUGGUUGGGCCAGUUGAUUUUCACAAGAAUGUGGAAUACUGGCAACAGGACAAGUGGACAGGUUGUUUCCCGUUGAAGUGGCACAUUGUAAAGGAUAUACCCAACAGUUUGUUGAAGCACAUUACCCUUGAGAACAAUGAGAACAAACCUGUAACUAACAGUAGGGACACACAAGAGGUUAAGCUGGAGCAGGGGCUUAAAAUGGUCAAAAUAUUCAAAGAGCACACUAGCAAAACAUGCAUUUUGGAUGAUUUUGAAUUUUAUGAGAAGCGUCAGAAGAUAAUUCAGGAGAAGAAGGCCAAGCAACAGCUGUUCCAGAAACAGGUAUUAGAAAGAAAGCUUGAAGAUGAGAAGAAUGAACUGGCAAAUGGACCGCAUAAUACACUGGAGGUUGUGAGUGAUGUGCCCCAGGAACACAUUUCAAUUGCUCAGUCCAGUGGGGACCUGAAGCAUUCAGAGAAUAGCCCAGUUGCAAAAGCUGGAGAUGCCUCAAGGGCAAGUAAGCCUCUUCCCUCAGAGAAGAGGAAUGUAGCAAAUGGAGUUGUGAAUAUGUGCUAGUAUUAUCAUUCCUCAGCUUCAGGGUAUAAUUUAAGGUUUUUUGAAGUUUUUGUUGCUUGAGAGUAGAAUAUGGAGCUAAUUGCUGUGGAUGAUUCUUGAGCAAUGAACCACAAUUGUGAAGCUGUCUUGCUGCUCUGAAGUCUGAAGUCUCAAUAUUAUUCAAGGAAUGGUGAAGUCUUUGGAUUCUUCAAUUGUGGUUAGUUUGGGAGGGCUGCCUCAAGUCGAAGAGUUUCUAUGCUGCAUCUUCCAUACAGUGAUAGGUUUUCAUUCCCUAAAAGUAUGGGUUUAGGAUACUUGUUUUUGCUUUUGUAUUGUUAUAUGAUUCUCUGGUUUCUAGAUUUCUUUUCCUUUCAGUUCUCUGUUUUUCCUGCAUUGGCCAUUUCCUGCCUAUUGAAGGUCUAGAUAUAGUUUUUAUGGAGAUCUGGUUUAUUCAUAUUUGUAGAGCUAUAAGAAAGGUGGGAAAGCAUUUCAAUACAUAGUUGAGUAAAGGAGCUUUUCAUCUUCGCGCUGAA